AUGGCCGAUAAAAAGAGCGCCAAGCAAGCUACAUUGGGGAGGUUCUUUGGCUCAAAUGCCAACGCGAAUCAAGCCCCCAAGAAGCAAACCACAUUGGCUUUUGGCAACAAAAGAAAUCGUGCAAGCAGCGGCGCUGCUGAGGAUGAUUUGGAGCAAGAUAUAGAGGAACGAAAACCGGAGGAUGGCACCGAUACAGCGCCUACCGAUGCCCCCGCAAAAGGCUUGAAGCGGGAUAAGAGCCCCGAUGCAGAAGAAAGCGAUGAUUCAGAUGUCCAGCCUGUUUCCAAGCGCCGCAGAAAGGCUUCAGCCUCUUCGCCUGUCAAAAGUCGCACGCCGUCCCCCAAAAAGUCCAAAGCUACGAAACCCAAAGUUGAAUCGCCGUCCCCAAGCCCUGCUACCACUGCAUACGAAGAGAAACCCGUCGAUGUGACAAGCCCAGAGCAAGGAACCGAUGAAGUCAACAAGGAAGAAGAGGCUUCAGAAAGCGAGGAGGAAGAAGACCUCAAGCCGGAGCUCAAGAAAAAGUCCAUCGAGAAGUUCCAGGCCAAAUUGAAAGGCAGUGGAAAAGACCCAUACCCAGACUGGAAAGCCGGAGAGCCAGUUCCUUAUGCCGCUUUAUGUACCACCUUCUCCCUGGUUGAGAUGACCAGAAAGCGAUUGGAGAUAACGGACUAUUGCUCCCUAUUCCUUCGACAGGUCCUUCGCCUAACCCCUGCGGAUUUCCUUUCAACCGUCCAACUAAUGAUAAAUAAAUUGGCUGCUGACUAUGCUGGAAUUGAAUUGGGUAUCGGAGAGUCACUAAUCAUGAAAGCUAUUGGCGAAAGUACCGGCCGAAGUCUCGCUAUCAUUAAAGCUGACCAAAAGGAGAUCGGAGACUUGGGACUGGUUGCUGCUAAAAGUCGCGGCAACCAACCCACCAUGUUCAAGCCCAAGCCUUUGACUGUCCGUGGUGUCCACGAAGGCUUACUGGCAAUUGCCCAGGUCCAGGGCCACGGAUCUCAAGAUAAGAAAAUAUCUGGUAUCAAGAAACUAUUGUCUGCAGCCGACGCCGCUACUGCUGGCAAAGGAGUGGAUAUCACCAAGGACAAGGGUGGCGCCAGCGAAGCCAAAUUCAUUAUUCGUUUCCUGGAAGGAAAGCUAAGACUUGGACUUGCAGAAAAGACAGUUCUCGUUGCUGUUGCCCGGGCAGUCCAGGCCCAUGAAGCCGAGGUAAACGGCGAGAAGACCCCUUCACCUGAGAAGAUGGUCGCAGGAGAAAACAUCUUCAAGUCCGUCUACAGUGAGCUUCCCGCUUACGAGGUGAUCAUUCCGGCUAUCCUUGAACAUGGUCUUUUCAAGCUACCUGAAGUUUGCAAACUAUCACCCGGUGUUCCUCUCAAACCCAUGCUUGCGAAGCCUACGAAAUCCAUCACCGAGGUUCUCGACCGAUUUGAAGGCAAAGAAUUCACCUGCGAGUACAAGUAUGAUGGAGAGAGAGCCCAGAUCCAUUUCGUGUCCCCGGACUCCAUUCAUCAAUACCCUGGAGCGAAAAACACACUACAAAAAGACAGCAAAGGAUUGAGUUCAAUCUUUUCCCGCAACUCCGAAGACCUUUCCAAGAAGUAUCCGGAUGUCUUAGCUAAGCUAGACAGUUGGGUCAAAGAUGAUGUGAAGAGCUUUGUGCUUGAUUGUGAAACCGUUGCUUGGGAUACAGUGAACAAAAAGGUUCUUCCAUUCCAGCAACUGAUGACUCGUAAGCGCAAGGAUGUUAAGGCCGAUGAAGUUACGGUCAAAGUCUGCGUGUUUGCAUUCGAUUUGCUCUUCUUCAACGGAGAGCCAUGUGUCAAGAAAUCCCUUCGGGAACGUCGGCGACUCAUGCAUGAAUGCUUCCAGCCAGUGGAGGGAGAGUUCCAGUUCGCACAGUACGGCAACACAAAUGUACUUGACGAGAUCCAGGAAAUGCUUGAGGACAGUGUCAAAGCCUCGUGUGAGGGUCUCAUGGUGAAGAUGCUGGACACAGACGAGAGUGGCUACGAGCCUAGCAAGCGGAGUCGCAACUGGCUCAAGGUCAAGAAAGAUUACCUUGCCGGCGUUGGUGACUCCCUCGAUCUAGUCGUGCUAGGUGCUUACCACGGACGUGGUAAACGCACUUCUGUCUUCGGUGCAUUUCUCCUCGCGGCCUACAACGCCAACAAGGAUACUUACGAAACCAUUUGCAACAUUGGCACGGGAUUCUCUGAGGUACUGCUUGAAGAGCUUCACACGACCCUGAGUCCAAUGGUGAUCGACCGCCCAAAACCAUUCUACACCCACUCGACUGUACCCAAGGAUCAGCCAGAUGUCUGGUUUGAGCCGCGACUAGUUUGGGAAGUUAAGACCGCUGAUUUGACUCUGAGUCCCCGCUAUCAAGCCGCUGCCGACGAGUUCGAAGGUACAACUGGUGGUGGUAAAGGUGUUUCUCUGCGUUUCCCGCGGUAUAUCAAAUCCCGCGAUGACAAGAAACCGGACGAAGCCACCACUACCCGUGCUGUGGCGGAGAUGUACCGCAAGCAGGAAGCGGUCACUAAGGAGAGCACCAGCAAGGGCGGGGUGGAUGAUGACUUUGAGUAUUGA